AUGGCCGAUUUGCCUCAGUAUCGAGUUCAACAAAUAAAACCCUUUACAAUAAGCGGAGUCGAUUACGCUGGGCCAAUCUCUCUCAAAUCAGCGCGUGGGCGACGNUCAGCGCGUGAGCGACGAAGUUCUGAUACAUCUGCCUAUAUUUGUUUAUUUAUAUGUAUGGCCACAAAGGCAAUACAUUUGGAAUUGAGUUCUGAUUUGUCGACGGAAAAAUUUUUAAUGGCGUUCACGCGAUUUGCGUCUCGACGAGGACCAAUUCAGGAAAUUCACAGCGACUGUGGUUCCAAUUUUGUGGGGGCCUCUCGUCUAUUAAAUAAGUGUCUCUCGCCACUACAUACAUUGACGACCUUAAACGAUUUCCAAAAUACUGUUCACGAACACCUUUCAAAACAAAAUAUCACUUGGCAUUUUAAUCCUCCUGCUUCGCCACACUUCGGUGGACUAUGGGAAGCAGGUGUAAAAUCCACCAAAGCCCUCAUUCAUCGGUCAAUUGGAACCCACAAAUUAACAAAUGAAGAAUUUAUCACUCUACUCACGCAGAUUGAGGCAACGUUAAAUUCACGUCCGCUUUGUGCUCUUAGUAAUGAUCCAAAUGAUCUCGAUGCCUUAACGCCUAGUCACUUUCUCACGUUGGAGCCUUCAACUACGUUACCCGAACCGUCUUUAGAAAACGUUCCGCUGUCAAAACUGCAACGGUGGCGUUUGAUUUUGGAUAUACAUAGACAUUUUUGGUCUCGUUGGAAAAAUGAGUACCUCUCUAGUCUCCAACUAAGAAACAAAUGGACUGACAAUAAUGAUCAACUACAGAUUAAUAAUCUUGUAUUAAUUAAAGAAGCAACUCAUCCUCUACAUUGGAAGAUGGGUCGUGUUCGUCUGCUGCAUCCAAGUUCCGAUGGAGUAACCCGUGUUGCAACGGUAGAAACAGCUACCAGCCGCUUUCUAAGACCGUUAGUGAAACUCUGCCCGUUACCUACCCCUUGA